CCUUUCCCAGGCUCGAAGCUGAGGCAACAUAUCUCGACAGUGACAGCGGCUAGAAGUUCGCUUGCCUGCAGCUUAUCUGUUGUUACGCGAUCACAUCCACUAUCGCUUCUUGUCCGUUCCACGAUCCCUGGCUAACUCUAACCUAACCUGCCACGAGCACAGCCGUUCAGCUGGCAACCCGCCAUUCGCCCCACCGCCCGUCGGCGGCGCAAAGGGCGGCGUCUCCCAUCGCCACGCUGAGAGACACCCUUUCCCUGCCCCUAUCGCUGCAACUCCCCGCGGGGCUAUCGUUACCCCCAAUCCCGUCCCUCCCCCAGUUACCGCCGCUCCCGCAGUUUCCGCCACUCCCGCCGCUUCAUCUUCCGCAUCUUCCGCGCAACCUCCAGGAAUGGCGCGACAACUUUCAAUGGCCCCCCGCCGGCUGGGACUGGGCGGAGCUCCGCCGCGCGCUCGCCUCCGCGCUGCACGCGGAAGGCUCCGCGGCGGGCCCGCUGGCCGCUUGGGCUGCGGCGGCGGCGGCCGCGGGGCUGGACUUGAGCGCGUGGGGGCUACUAGGGUUACUGGAGGAUGGCGCGCGGGCUGAAGGGGAGGGGGAGGCGGAAGAGCGGCGGUUGGCGGAGUUUCACCCGCAUGAGAAUCCACCUCUCCGCGACGCGCUGCUGAAGCAAAUGCGCGUAGUAGCCGCCGCUCGAGCCGCUGACACGCCUAUAGCUCGAGCAGACGCCACCGUUGAUAUCUGCAUUAGCGAGUUCGAAGGCGUGCACUAUCGCGUACAGGUGGAAGAAUCAGAUCCCAGCACGCUGCUCUUAUCCAUAGCGAUCCCUCAGGCAGGACCCGAGCUGAUGACCAGUGCGGGACUGCCACGUGGCGCCAUCGAGGCCGUUCAUUUGGGGUACUGGCAGAUCGCGACCGUUCUCCCGACGCCAGAGCACGGGUAUAAUCUCACGCUAGUAGUUAAUCUCGCGCGCCUCCCGGACCGCGAUUCCGCGCGCCAAGCCAUCGCAUGCAAGCUAGCGCGCCUGAGAUCGUUCAUCAUGGGCGCGCCGCUCCGCGCGCUGCUGCUUCCACUACGCCCGGGCGGGGAGGCGAUGGAGGUAGAUAACGCACGUGAUGCAGCUGAUGCUGAUGCGGCUGAUGCUGAUGCAGCUGAUGCUGAUGCGGCUGAUGCUGAUGCGGCUGAUGCUGUUGCAGCUGUUGGGUUGGGGACUGAAGAUAUUGCACUGAAGGCAGGUGGAGGGAGGGAGAUGAAGGAGGGAGAUGAUGUAGAGGAAAAGGGAGGAGAGGAGGUGAAGGAAGAGGGGGAAGAGGAAGUAAUGGCGAAGGGAGGAGAGGAGGUAAGGGAAAGGGAAGGAGAGGUAGUAAUGGCGAAGGGAGGAGAGGAGGUAAGGGAAAGGGAAGGAGAGGUAGUAAUGGCGAAGGGAGGAGAGGAGGUAAGGGAAAGGGAAGGAGAGGUAGUAAUGGCGAAGGGAGGAGAGGAAAUGACGGACAGGAAAGGAGAGGAGGUAAAGGAAAGGGGAGGAGUGGAAGUAAACGACAAAGGAGGAGAGGAGGUGAAGGAAGGAGGGGAGGUAAAGGAGAAGGGAGGGGAGGAGAUGAAAGUAAAUGGAGAGGAGGAUUCAAAGGAAAAGGAAGGAGAGGUGAAGGAAAAGGAAGGAGAGGAGGUGGAGAAAACGGAAGAAGAGGAGGAAAAGGGAACGGGGGGAGAGGAGAUAGUUGAGAAGGGAGGAGAGGAGGUGAAAGAAAAGGGGGGAGAGGAGGCAGAGGAAAAGAGAAGAGAGGAGAUAAGGGGAAAGGAUGCAGAAGAGGCAGAGGAAAGGGGAGGAGAGGAGAUUUGUGAAAAGGGAGGGGAGGAGUUACAGGGAAACGGAGGAGAGGAGGCAAGGCAAACGGAAGGAAAGGAGGUAGAGGAAAAGGGCGGGGGGGGGGUAAAGGAAAGAGAAGGCGGGGACGAGAAGGGAGGAGAGGAGAGAAUGGAAGCAGGAGGAGAGGAGAGAAAGGAAGCAGGAGGAGAGGAGCGAAAGGAAGCAGGAGGAGAGGAGAGAAAGGAAGCAGGAGGAGAGGAAGUGAAAGAGAAGGAAGGAGAGGAGGUAGGGGGAAAGGCAGGGGAGCAAGCAAGAGAAAAGGAAGGAGAGGAAGUAUCGGAGAAGGGAGGAGAGGAUGCAGAGGAAGAGGAGAAAGCUGAAGCUGCGGAUGCAAAGACAGGUGAUGGAGUUGCAGAGACUGUUGUUGUAGUAACCGCAAGGACAGCUGCACGGACCGAGGGGGAGGAAGCUGAUGGUACUGGUGUAAGCACGACUGGUGUUGCUGGUGCAAAGGAGGGGGAAGGUGCAAAGGAGGGUGAAGGUGCAAAGGAGGGUGAAGGUGCAAAGGAGGGUGAAGGGGGGGGAAGGUGCAAAGGAGGGGGCAACACCAGCACCAGCAGCACCACCAGCAGCACAACCAGCAGCACCGCCAGCAGCACCACCACCCGCACAACAAGCAGCACUACCAGCACCAGGAG